CUGCCACCGAAAGAUAGAAGAAUCGACGACGGAAGGAUCGAUCACUCGACCGAGCAUUCGAGUUUCGCCAUUCUCCUCGUCGCCAUGUUCUUCUGGUGCAACCCCGCACACUCUCCAGAGGCAGAGGAGAUGGUGUGCGUCACCGCCAAACAUGGGUCCGUGAGUUUUCGAUGUGACGACCUUGUGAUGCUCCCAAUUGAAAUUGUCGCUAAGAUAGUCGACUGCCUCAAUCACAUGGACAUCCAUCACUUGGAAGCGGCGCAUCCUCGAUUUCGCAUCCAGAUGGAAGGUUACAAUUGCUGGAAACAAGAUGUCGUCCGCAGUAUUGUCCUUGACAAGACGCAAUGGUUUCGCUCAGUAUCGGCGACAAUGAAAAAUUUCAGCAACCACCGCCAAGCAAUGUCCGUGUGGAAGCGACUGGCAUGUUUGACAAAUCUCGCAAAUUCAUCCAAGUACUGCCAGGAGAACCUCAUCGCCGAUGUAUUAAAGUUCUCGUCAGCCGACAGGGAGAGCGAAGGCCCUGGAAACACCCUUCGGCCAUCGAAAUGCUGGGGUGAAAUCCAGAGGUUCGGGGACGAGUUAGUCCAUCCUUACAAUCUGCAGGAACUGUCCACUUUCUCUAUGUUCCGGUUGCUCUCGCGCCGGCAAUCAUCGCUGGGCGAAACCAUCCAAAUGUUGUGCGGGUGCUCGUCUGGAAACUCGUGCUACUGGAGCAGUGCGGCGUCCUCUUCACCAAACGCGGAAGAAUCCAUCUUCUAUCGCAUGCGAGGCCAUUGCAUCGUCCGAGCCGUGUCCGUGUUGCCGUAUCGCGUCUUUUGGCAUCCCCACGCACCAACCUACGGACCAAAGCAGGUGUCGUUUUCGUUUUUUGCCAACGAACGCAACAUCGAUUCCGAGCACGAAGUUCCGUUCUACGUGUCCCCUGUGUUUGACGUCGUGAACGACAUGGUGGUACAAACGUUCGAGCUUCCUCUCCGAGUGAUCCUGCAAGACGGGUACAUGAGUGUGAACAUGAUCGGACGCCAUCAAGCACAGACGUUCGACGUUCCGACAUGGAUGCAAGCCCAUGGGGAUGACAACACGCCCAAAUACUACUGCUGCUUGAGUCAAGUGCGAGCCCACGGCGUCAUGAUGGACCUGGACGCGGCGACGCCGUAAGCGACGAGUGUAACUGUCGAAUGUGAGAAGCCCAUGGAAGUCUCGGGCGGUCAAUAUGAAAAAAGCGUGUUAAAUCAAGUAGUUGUUUAGGUUUAACCGAUAUGGUCCCAAGCAUUUGUACUUUAACGCAUCGUAUUAAAUAUUUCACGCAUAUUAG